AUGGAUACGAUAGAUACAUUGAAAAUAGCCUUCCUUGAAUUCAUAAACAAACUAAAUCCACUAUUGCCUGAUUAGUUACAUUCUAUCGUUUUAGCAUUCAAAGAAUAAUUAUACUCAAAAACACCUUCUGACUUGUAUGAUUUUGUUUAGCAAAUCCCUGAACUAAAGAAAAGUGAUUCCUCAUGCAACACAUCACCAGAACCACUUCUAAAUAAAGUAGCAUCUCAUGGUUACAAUCCGCUUUCGGUGUGUUCAUAAAAAGAUUCUGAUGACAAAAGUUAAAGUUCAUGUUCAGCUGAAAAAUAUUAAUAAUUGAAAAUAGGUACUAUUAGAUCUAAUGUAGAAAUCAAUAAAAAUUUCUUUCUUAAGCCUACUACAAAGUUCAAUGCAAAUACUUAAAAUAAAAUUUCAAGAAAUGUAGAUAUAGAAGCUAAGGUACAAAGAGAAAAUAUUAAAUUGGUUGACACUUUAAGGGAAAUGCCAAAAUUAAAUAGAGUUUGUUUUGCUGAAAGAACAGGCUUAUUAAGCUAAAUUUCAGAAGCCGUGAAUUAAUUCAAAAAGGAUUGCAUUACAAUAAAUACAGUUUAUGAGAAAAGCUCCGAAAUCAGCACUCCUCAAACUCCUAAUGAUAUGAGGGUUGGUCAAUAAUAAUACUUCUAUUAUUAGCAAUUUCCACAAUAACCAGUAUGUUAAUUCAAAGGAUAUAGUGUACAUUCCAAAACAGGUUUCAUGUAACCAAUUCAAUUUGAUAUGCAGUUCUAAUUGAUGCAACAGCAGUUUUAAAAUUAAUUAAUUUAUAAGAAAUUAUACUUUUGA